AUGCAAACAUGUCUUGUUUGUGUCAGACCAAGGAGGUACCCGGCCAAACGUUGGGAAACUUUUGGAUAUCUUGUAAUUGAUGAGUACCACAACAUGGAAACAGAAGAAUACAGGAGGGAAACAUUCGAGCCCAUGCGAAACGUCGAUUUCAACAAGUUUGAAAAGGUUUUAUUUCUCAGUGCCACAGCUACAGAUUGGGAUGACAGUAAACAGGCGAUGUGUCGACUAGGAUUUCGUGGGGUACUCAAAGAAGAUGAAGAUGCGCGAUUGAUGGAUUUCAAAACAAAGGUCAUCAACCUCAUAGACAAGCCACCACUAGGCCACAUCUAUAAGGAUAUAAUAAAAUCAAAUGAUUCACCCAGGGAAGCCCUAGAGCUCUAAAAAGUCAUUUGUCCUUGAGCCACAUUCGAAAGCAAUUGUGGCUGUUGGCCGUAGGGCCCUGGUGGAGGAGCUUGCAAUUGAAUGGAAUAGAUAUUUCAACAUUCUCUGGAUCCAUGGAUCCUUGUCAUCGGAGGAAAAAACACGGCGAACACAAACGUUUAUCAAUGAUGGCAGUAUGCGUGUACUCAUCGGAACAAAGCUUGUGUCCGAGGGAAUCGACGUUAAGGAGUUGCGAAUGGUUCUCAUUGUCGACUAUCUUCCACAGAUUGGAGAGUAUAUCCAGUGCGCUGGGCGGUUGCGUUCCAACCGGUUCUGUUCACUGGUUUUGAAUAGCGACGAGCUGUCGUCACCGAGCCAAAGGGAAAGGGAUGGUUCAAUGACGUUGGGUUGUAUCACAUCCCAGAUCCGUCGGUUUUAUGGGUUAUCAAGUGAAGGGGAGCAGUAA